UAUUCGCGCAGCCAGGAAGAAGUAGUCGAUCAACGAUAGACGUUACCCAUCAAAGAUGAAAGCGGCACGCUAGCUCUGUUAGCAUCAUUUGAUGGAGGGGGCGACAUGUUUCAUCUGGAAACUGAGUUACACUAAAACCUGCCCAGCUCGGGUACAGUAACUGAGGACGGAGAAGAUCGGCACGAUAUGCAGUCAUGAAGCGGGUUCGCACGGAGCAGAUCCAGUAUGCCGUGGCUCAGUACCUGAAACGGAGGCAGUAUGUGGACACUGAAGCCUCCCUGAAAGGAGCCAAACUCUUCCAGUCAGCUGAGGAGAUGGCUGCCAGCCUCACGGUGCAGACAGAGUCGGGUUGUGCCAACAUCGUCUCUGCUGCACCCUGCCAGUCCGACCCGCAGCAGUACGAGACACAAUACUCCAGACUGCGCUCCUUUCUGUCAGAAACAGAAAUAUCCUGGGCGAAGGAGGUGAGCAGCAUCCUCUACCCGCUCUUCGUCUACCUCCACCUGGACAUGGUGCGCUGCGGCCUGAAGGGGGCAGUAGAUGGUUUCUACAGUCGUUUCCACGGCGCCUUUCUUCAGGACAGUGAGCAACGCGCCACUGUGGAGCAGCUGCGGCAUGUUCUCACUGCUCAGGACGUAGCAGCCAACCCCAAGCUGAGUGCUUUCCUAGAGCACAAGUACGUGGUUCACCUGACGGAGCCGGCCUACAGCUACCUGCUGCGCUACCUGCAGAGCGAGGACAACAGCGCCCUCUGCAGGGCCCUCAGUACACACCUGCAGGUGGAGGUCACCGCCUCCAGGCGUACAGACUACCAGCUGUACGGAGCGGCCGGUGGGGCGACCGCCGCCCCGAACUCCACCUCCUCCUGGGCGGGAGUGGACGGGGCGGAUGGUGGGGAAGGGGUGGACGUCCCUGCAGGGAUCCCGCAGAGCGAGGCGGCCCUGGAGGCUCUGCAGGACUGCAUCAAGAAGGUCCGCGAGGGCCCCCCCUCGCUCACCACCGUGUGUUUCUACGCCUUCCACCACACGGAGCAGCUGCUGAACACCGCCGAGGUCUCCGCCGACAGCCGACUGCUGGCCGCCGGCUUCGACAGCUCCACGGUGAAGCUGUGGAGCCUCCGAGCCAGGAAGCUGAAAGCUAAACCGCAUCAGGCCGACGUGUCGCACAUCCACCUGGCAUGUGACGUACUGGAGGAGGAAGUGGACGAGGAAGACGGCUCCGGCAGUGAGAUAAAGACGCUGCGAGGUCAUAGCGGUCCGGUGUUUCGCACCGCCUUCCUGACGGACAGCUCCGGCCUGCUCUCCUGCUCCGAGGACACGACCAUCCGCUACUGGGACCUGGGCAGCUUCACCAACACGGUGCUCUACCAGGGACACGCCUACCCGGUGUGGGACGUGGACGUCAGCCCCUGCAGCCUCUACUUCGCCAGCGGCUCCCACGACCGCACCGCCCGCCUCUGGACGUUCUCCCGCACCUACCCGCUGCGUCUCUACGCCGGGCAUCUCGCCGACGUCGAUUGCGUCAAGUUCCACCCCAACUCCAACUACCUGGCCACCGGCUCCACAGACAAGACUGUCCGGCUGUGGAGCACCCAGCAGGGGGCGUCGGUUCGCCUCUUCACAGGCCACCGCGGCCCGGUGCUGUCGCUCGCUUUCUCACCUAACGGGAAGUACCUAGCGUCCGCCGGCGAGGACCAGAGAGUAAAGCUUUGGGAUUUAGCAUCGGGGACGUUGUUCAAAGACCUGCGGGGACACACAGACAGCGUCACCAGCCUGUCUUUCAGCCCGGACAGCAGCCUGGUGGCGUCGUCAUCUAUGGACAACUCGGUCAGGGUGUGGGACAUCAGGAACUCCCACGGCGGGACGCCAGCUGACGGCUCGUCCAGCGAACUGGUUGGACUGUACACUGGAAACACCAGCAACGUGUUGAACGUCCAGUUCAUGGCCUGCAACCUGCUGCUGGUGACAGGAACUGCUCAAGAGAAAGCAGAACAGUAGCCACGGCGUCUUGUGUAGUUUGUUAGUGUUUGGGAGAAACGCUCGAAUGUCUCCAGGUGUUCGUUUGAAGAUGUGGUCGUCAGUCGGACUCUGAGCCAACAAAAACGUCUUUUGCCAAACUGAGCUGCAGGUCUGAUAUUUUUUUGUGUGUGUGUGUUUUUUCUUCAUUAUUUCUCAGCGUAGAACAGAAGCAAAGUUAAGAAUCACUUUUUUUCCUUCAAAAACCUUUGUAAGGCUGCAACUAACGAUUAUUUUCUCGAUCAAUCGAUUAGACGUUUCUAAAAUGUCAGAAAAUGGUGAAAAAUGUCCUGUUGAUGCAGCCUAAACUGUCUCGUUAUGUCCUGACCAACAGUCCACAACCCAAAGAUGUUCAGUUUACUGUUGUAGAAAAA